ACAGAAAAAGCUCUUCGUCGGCCAGAGGGUUUCACCCCCCAAGAAAAUCGACAAUGGCGACGCAUCUCCAGAGGCUCUCCUCCCAAAUCCACCGUCUCUCUCCAUUCGCCAAAUCCCUAAUCGUCCGCACUUCCGCCACAGUUUCUCCCGCCGCAGCCUCCUCCGUACCUUCGCUAUCGUCGGGAUCGAAGAAAGUCUCCGAUCGCAUCGUGAAGCUCUUCGCGAUCGAUCCCGAUGGCCACAAGCGGGAGAUCAUUGGGCUCUCCGGGAAGACUCUCGUACGCGCGCUCAUUGACUCCGGGCUGAUCGAACCGGCGUCGCACCGGCUUGAGGAGAUCGAUGCUUGCUCGGCUGAGUGCGAGGUCCAGAUCGCGGAGGAGUGGCUCGAGAGGCUCCCGCCUCGCACCUACGAUGAGGAGUAUGUCCUGAGGCGGAACUCGAGGUCUCGUGUCCUGAACAAGCACUCGCGGCUCGGUUGCCAGGUUGUGCUUACGCCUGAGCUCCAAGGUAUGGUUGUCGCAGUCCCUGAGCCCAAGCCGUGGGACAUUCCGUAAGUCUUGUAGGCUCCUUUGGUUGUUGUCGUGAUUUCGAGAUGGUAAUAAUGCGAGUUCAAAAUCCGAGAACUUGGGAGAUGGUUUGAUGUUUAAUCCAUGUUCUUCUUUCGCAUACUCCUUAGUUAUUUGAAAUAUCUUCAAGAGUUUUCUGGUUAAACGAUUCCCCAUUUGCCAAUAUGGGUUCUGUUGCAAAUGAACUUUGCUUUCUGGAUUUCAAUGAAUUUGUUUCUGAUUC